CGACUUGAGCCACGAAAUGGGUGACGUUAAGUACUGGACAACCGAGUGGAAACUCUCAGUAGAAAAGUGGGAGUAUUUGUAUGAAGCAUUCGCCGAGAUCAACGACCUCUGGACGGUGGGCAACCCCCCUCAGGACUACACCUCUGUCCCCCUCUCGACCUUCAUCCAACCUGGCUCCAAAUCCGCUGUCUUAGUCCGAAUUCCUGGUCACGCCCCCCUCCCACGCCAAACAAUCAGCGAGUACAAAGUCAUCCCACUUUCGGCCUUCGUCCAAGAUUACCGUCUCCCUUUCGAAGGCUCCUACUCCGACACUGAUAACCCGGACCACCUGGCCACCGACCAAGUUUCUAAGCUGCACAGCAUGCGCGUUGCAAGCCAAUCCAUGAUGCAACGCAGUACCUGGACCAUCACUGUCGGCCUCGCGAAGAACCUCGAUAUUGCCAACAAGGAAAACAGCAUCAUUGGGCAAGCGGUGCUCGCGCACCGCAAGCUAUUCUCAACUUUGUGGCCCGCAAUGAGCAAGACUUCGUACCCGAAUUUGAUCGAGGUGGAUGAUAUCAAUAGCCAGGUCACGGCGUUGUGUAUGGGCAUCAAUGAUCGCUUUGCUUCGAGUAAUCCGAAGGUGAAGGCGAGACAACUUCAAGAAAGGCAGCUAUCUUCAACGGGCACUAUUGAGCCUAUUGCAAACCUUACGACGGCUUCAAGCACAUUGCCUCCACGACCAACGCUCACUCCUGCUCCUUCUCCUUCGACAAUCAGAAUUAAGAGUCGCCCAUUUGCGAUGCUUAGGUGAGCUCGUAUUACCUAUCUUACUGAGGUAAUUACGGAUUCGAGAGAAAUACAGAGGAAGUGCAUCGUCAUCUUUACACCUAAAAAUUAAGCGAGGCCCGAGGGCAUUCGCUUACAGAGUCGCUCAAGUCUGUCCUCUGACAAGUCGAGGACAAUCACAAGUCGAAUCGGGUUGCAACAUUAUAUAAAUUUCUUUUGGGAAAUACCGAGUUCCGGGUAGUCAUUUGCCAUGUUAUGGAUUCUUGGUUUAUGGUUUUUAGGCCGGAGAAUUUGCAGUGGUACGCAUAAACAAAAAAAAUGGUUUGCUUGGG